GGAAAUAAUUUAAAUGUCAUCGAGACAAAACUGACAACACUAUGAUGUGACGUCAGUGCUCUUCAAUCUCCGACCAUCGGUAUAGGGAAUUUUCUUCGUUAAAAGGAAGUUUUAGAAGUGACGUCAGGGAAAUUCAGAGUAAGUUGCAGCAAUUCAUAAUAAAAGAUAAUGAAAAGAAUGCAAUGAAACAAUGUAUCUUGUAUUUAGACAAGUUGACUUGAUCAUUAAUAAUUAUAAAAUCUAAAAUAAAAUUAAUAAAAGGAUCUUUAAGCUGCAUUCAUUAUGCCAACCUUUAAUUUUAUUCUGAUUGAAUUAUUAAUUUUUCUGUCAAUUUUAAACAUUUUCAAUACACAAUCAGUAAGGAAACCAAAUUUCUUAAUAUUUAUUGCUGAUGAUUUGGGAUAUGGAGAUUUAGGAUGUUUUGGAAAUGAUACUAUUCAAACUCCAAACAUAGACAGCAUUGCAAAUCAAGGAGCUAAAUUAACCCAUCAUUUGGCUGCAGCUGCUGUAUGUACUCCUAGUAGAGCUGCUCUUCUAACAGGAAGAUAUCCUGUUAGAUCUGGUAUGGAGUCAUUUAAUAGGAAUAAGGUUUUUAUAUUUUUGGCAUCAAAAGGUGGUCUUCCAAUGAACGAAACAACAUUUGCUAAAGUUUUGCAAAAAGAAGGAUAUGUUACUGCUUUAAUAGGUAAAUGGCAUUUAGGACUCAGCUGUUAUGAAAAGGAUGAUAUGUGCCAUCAUCCCUUGAAUCAUGGCUUUGAUUAUUAUUAUGGACUUCCCUUAACAAAUUUAAAAGAUUUUGGUGAAAAUGAAACAAGUAUAGUUGUUAAAUAUGUUCCCCAUUUUUACACUUGUUUAAUUACAAUUUUAGUAGUAGGUUUAUCAUUAUCAUUUUCUCUUCUAUCAUAUGGCUAUAAAAAAUCAUUUUGGAUUCUGUCAUUAACAUUUUUAUGUGGAACAUUUUUAGUAUAUUUCUUCAUACAAAAUAUUAAUGUUUUAAAUGGUGUUGUUAUGAGAAAUCAGGACGUUGUAGAACAGCCUGUGAGACUGAAUGGUCUUACUCAAAGAUUUGUUCAAGAAGCAAAUAAAUUUAUAACAAAUAAUGCUAAACACCCAUUCCUAUUAGUUAUGUCAUUUGUUCAUGUUCAUACUGCACUUUUCUGUGCUCCAGAAUUUUCUGGUAUAAGUAAACAUGGAAGAUAUGGUGAUAACAUAGAAGAAUUGGAUUGGGCUGUAGGACAAAUACUAGAAACAGUUGAAAAUAUAAAAGAAAAAAACAAUACUUUUGUUUAUUUUACAUCUGAUAAUGGAGGCCAUCUUGAAGAGAGAAGUGACGAUGGUGAACGUGAAGGUGGUCAUAAUGGAAUAUUGAAAGGUGGCAAAAUGAUGGGUGGAAUGGAAGGUGGAAUUCGUGUGCCAACUGUUGUAAUGUGGCCAAACAAAAUUCCUGCUAAAUCUGUAAUUUCAGCACCAACUUCACAAAUGGAUCUUUUUUCAACAAUACUUAAUAUUAUAGGUGUUCCAUUACCAACUGACAGGUUUAUAGAUGGUAAAAAUAUUUUACCUUUACUUCAAGGUAAAGAGAAGAAAAGUCCUCAUCAGUAUUUAUUUCAUUAUUGUGGACAUGAAAUUCAUGCAGCCAGAUAUAUUCCUGAAAAUGAACAUGCUAUAUGGAAAAUACAUUAUUUUACUCCAAAAUGGAAUCCUGGUACAACAGAAUGUGAUUUCGUAUGUCAUUGUUUUGGAAAAUUUGUCAAUGAACAUAAUCCACCACUUUUGUAUAAUAUAGUUGAAGAUCCUUCAGAAAAUAACCCACUUGAUGUCAAUUCAAAUCCACGGUGGUUAAAACUUAUUUCACACAUCAACAAAGCCGUCAAGAAACACAAAGACAGUAUAAAUGUUGUUCCACAACAAUUUAGUUUCAUUAAUUCCAUUUGGAUUCCUUGGCUUCAGCCAUGUUGUAACUUUCCAUGGUGUCAUUGUACUGAUACAAAUUAUGAUAAGUAAUAUUUUGUAUAUUAUUUUAAUGACAUUUUACAUUUUUUAAUUUAAGUACAAUCAAACAAACACUCUUAUAAUGACUGUGUAAGCUUAAUAAAGAUUAAAAAGAAGUUGAAUACUUAAAAUUUG